UUUCGUGGAUUUAAGCCACACUGUAAUCAUAAAGAAUAUCCAUACAACUGCACAGUUAGAGUACUGUAUUGCAGGUAUAUAAAUUUGAUUUAAGCGUUCUCCGAUUGUUUUUAUUUUGCUGUUGCAGAAAAUGUCCUUGAGUCACUACAGUAUAUGCUGAAUGCUUAUGGGCAAGUAUUACAUGUAUGACUAAUGCUAGGGUUUCAAUUUAAAACACUUGGGUGUAGAAAUCCAUAUUAAGUGACUGCAGUUGCAAACGUUUACAUCAGUGAGUGAUGAGUGAAAUGCUGGUUGCAGACCGUGUGUCAAGUUUUUUUAAUUGUUUAAUCUAAGAAUGACUGAAGCAACUUCUUUGCCGGCAAAUAUUGAUCAACUACAAUUAUGUUGAACGAAUAUAUCUCUUUUGCUUCUUGCAGUGAUGGGAUUUUACUUGACAGUAUCUGUCUAACAAUGGAUGCAUGUGUUUAUACUGCCUUUGAGGGAAAGGUAAACAAAACGAGCAUGUAUAAAAAGUUGUUCUCUUGUUGAAAUACAGUGGGUCAGUGAUGUUCACAGAUAAUUCCAACGCUUGUAUUUUAUAAUAUAUUGCUGAAGACCAUCCAUUGUGGAUUGCAUUUAUAACGACAGCGCAUUUGUUUGUCUGUCUUGCCUUAAGUAUAUAAACAUGUAGAUUGAGGAGGCCCUUGUCUGAGUUAAUUCAUGGUCAGGGUCGUAAGCUCAUCCACAGAAUUUACACAGAGCAAGAAGUCAUACUGGCUUGGAGGUUGUCACCUAAAAUACAAGUGUUGUCAGUUGUGGUUCUUCCUCCGUAUUAGAACCUCUGUAAAUAGUUUGAUUAUCUAAUUGGACUUGAGGUUUCUUUUCCUUUUUAGGAGAAAAUAUUUAACUUUUUCAUAUCUUUCCUGAGAUACAGGCCAAUAUUGAGUGUGGUAAUGUAUAGUAAAUGUUGCUGUUUAAGUUCGUUAAGUCGGUUUAUUGAACACGUUCAAAUAAACUAUCUGCAGCCUAUUUCCAAUUGGAAGUUAAUACACAACGGAAUGACUUGGAAUAUUAGAUUUUCUUUUUUGUCGUGGGCUUUACAAUCACAUGAUUUUCAGACGUCUUAUUUUCCAAAUCAACUCAUCCUGAAUUCCAACAUAUAUUGAAUAUCCAAACCUUUUAAUUGCAAUAUUUCCACUGCACAUUUGCUUUGUUAUUGUUGUUAUUUAACCAGUUCACUCACUUGUUGUCCCUCUCAGUGAUGCAGAGAGGAGUCAUGUUGGUCUCUAUGAAAAUAUACGUAGCAGUUGGUUGGUACACACUGGAUGCUGUGCAUUGUGUGUCUUGGUAUUUAACCUCACUUUGUUUGGUUUUGGUUUACAGUACAACUUUCUGUUGCAUAUACUCUUAGAAUCUCUAUGCACAUAAUACCAUCUUCCAGAUAAGUUGUAAUGGGAAAUUCAUGUUUACCAAUGAAUACAGAAGUGUAGUGUCUCUUAAGGUUAUACAUUUAUUAACGUUAUUUGUAUUAAGGACAGUUUAUGAAAAGUGCAAUGCAGAAAAGUAAUCGGUGCUAAAACAACACUGGGACCUCUACAGAUAUGAGGUGUUCUCACACACAGCACAAAACAAAAUUACAACAGUUGCUCCGACAUUGUAACUGUUUAACAAUCUAUAGGACAGUGUCAUUAUCAUAAUUUAUAAUUGAUUGAACAACAGUCUUUUUAUACCUUGAUACACAAAGUGAAAUUGUCUACUUGUAGAGAUUGCAGUGCUAUAACUAAAUUUAACUCUGGGUGUCACUGUGCACCAACCAUGGAAGUACGUGCCAUUUGCUUCAUCCAUUCUCUUCCACCAUUGCAAACCGUCUUGUGGUUCAGUGCUCGUGUGUGUGAAGAACGAUACAAAGGGCUUACAUCGUCGUGAUAUUCGGACAAUAAUUCGGGAGGAAUAUAACCGUCUUUGACCACUUUGAAAGACUUGCCCAGGGAAGGAUGAACGCCUGGUCGAUGACGGGAAAACCCGUGUACAGAGGGUUUUCUAUGGAUCGUUAUGGUGUUGUUCUCCUUUUCAUCAGCCUGCAUUUCGCGUACGGAGACGUGAGCUACUCUGUCGCAGAGGAGAUGAAACGCGGGUCUGUGAUUGGAAAUCUAGCCAAGGAUCUCGGCCUCGGGACUGCUGCACUUUCCUCGCGUAAAGCUCGCAUUGACACGGACAGGAGUGGCAAGCAGUAUUGUGAUAUUAAUCUGAGCAGCGGAGAUUUGAUUGUGACGGACAGGAUCGACAGAGAGGGUCUUUGUGGUAAGAAGGCGACUUGCCUUUUAAAAGAGGAGCUUGUACUGGAAAACCCUUUAGAGCUUCAUCGUAUCAGUAUUCAUGUGCAAGAUAUAAACGACAACGCCCCACACUUUAGUGAGGAGUUGAUUUCAUUUGAAAUUAGAGAAUCAACCGUGAAAGGAGCGACAUUUUUACUCACUGAAGCCCAUGAUGCAGAUAUCGGUACAAAUACCGUGCAGCACUACAAUUUACAAAAUAAUGAACAUUUCACUAUUAAUGUGGAUACAGACGGUAGUGGACGGAAACACUCCGAGCUGGUUUUAGUUAAAGAAUUAGACCGAGAACAAGAUAACGAUUUAAAAUUGGUGCUUACGGCUGUAGAUGGUGGUUCUCCGAGGAGAUCGGGUACUGCGAUCAUUCACAUCACUGUGCUCGAUGCUAAUGAUAACGCACCAGUGUUUAAUCAGGUCGUAUAUGAAGCCAAUGUGCCUGAAAACGCACCGUUAGAUACAAUAGUUAUUGCAGUGAGCGCAACUGAUGCAGACGCGGGACCAAAUGGUGACAUUACGUACAGUUUUGAUCAUGUGUCUGAUGACCAUGCCACGUUAUUCUCUCUUGACCAGAAGACUGGAGAAAUACGAGUCAUCGGGUCCAUUGAUUAUGAGACUGAGACGUCUAUUGAACUACGGAUAAGAGCUAAAGACGGGCCAGGUCUUACCUCAUAUUGUACAGUAAUUAUAGACGUAACAGAUGUCAAUGAUAACCCACCUGCUAUCAGUUUAAAGUCACUGACUAACCCCAUACCUGAGAACGUGUCACCUGGUUCAGAGGUGGGCAUCAUUAACGUGCAGGACAGAGACUCUGAGAAUAACAGACAGGUUCGCUGCUCCAUUCAACAAAAUGUCCCUUUUAAGUUAGUUCCUUCGAUAAAAAACUAUUAUUCUCUGGUGACCACAGGACAACUGGACCGUGAACUAGUGUCAGAUUACAACAUUACAAUCACUGCCACUGACGAGGGCUCUCCACCUCUGUCCUCCUCUAAAACUGUUCAGUUAUCUGUAGCUGACAUCAACGACAACCCACCUGUGUUUGAGGAACAGUCCUACAGCGCAUAUGUGACUGAAAAUAACAAACCUGGCUCCACUUUAUGUUCCGUCACUGCUCGAGACCCCGACUGGAGACAAAACGGUACAGUGGUUUAUUCUCUGUUACCUGGUGAGGUGAACGGUGCCUCGGUGUCCUCCUAUCUAUCAGUUAACGGAGACACGGGGGUGAUCCACGCUGUGAGGUCGUUUGAUUAUGAACAGUUCAGGAGCUUUAAAGUCCACGUGAUGGCCAGAGACAACGGUUCUCCUCCACUCAGCAGCAACGUGACCGUCAGCGUCUUCAUAUCGGAUGUGAACGACAACUCUCCUCAGAUACUGUACCCCGCCCGAGGUAACUCCUUCAUGACCGAGCUGGUCCCCAAAGCUGCACACGGAGGCUCUCUGGUGUCCAAAGUGAUCGCGGUGGACGCGGACUCCGGACAGAACGCCUGGCUGUCCUAUCAUAUAGUCAAAUCCACUGAUCCGGGACUUUUCAGUAUUGGUGUCCACAGCGGAGAGAUCAGGACACAGCGGGACAUAUCUGAAUCUGACAGCAUGAAACAGAACCUUAUUGUGGCGGUGAAAGAUAACGGACAGCCCUCUCUGUCUGCCACCUGUUCCAUGUAUUUACUUAUUUCUGAUAACUUGGCUGAGGUGCCAGAGCUGAAGGACAUUUCUUAUGAUGAGAAGAAUUCAAAACUGACCUCUUACCUGAUCAUCGCGCUCGUGUCUGUCUCCACCUUUUUCCUGACCUUCAUCAUCAUCAUCCUGGGUGUGAGGUUUUGUCGCAGGAGAAAGCCCAGACUGUUGUUUGACGGAGCUGUCGCCAUCCCCAGCGCUUAUCUCCCUCCUAAUUACGCAGAUGUUGACGGCACAGGAACUUUACGCAGCACUUACAAUUAUGACGCCUACCUGACAACAGGUUCCAGAACCAGUGACUUUAAGUUCGUGACAUCUUACAAUGACAACACACUGCCUGCUGACCAGACUCUGAGGAAAAGUCCUUCUGACUUUGCUGAUGCUUUUGGAGACUGUGAUUCUUCUCCUGAGGUAAGGGCAAUGCAUUUGAUGCACAUACUUAAUUAGAAAACGAGCCCCCUUUUCAGAUGUUUGACUUGUAAUGUGGUAGUAAUUUUGGAAUAAUCGCUUCUUAAAAUAUGAAAUAAACGAGUUCCCUGACGUGGUUAUAAGUUUGGUCUAUUUUUGCUGUUUGUCUUUAGAAUUAUGAACUCACAUUGCUUAGUAACCGUUGUGCUGGAAUUCCCUACCUGAUAUUCUCCAGUCAUUCUUUGAAACAUUGCCAACCAAGCGAUGCAGCUGACAUUAGAUACAUUUUACAACAGCUGUGUAGUUCCCUAGCUGGAUUUUGUGAAGUUUGUGACUUUCCUUAUACAUCUUUUAUAGCUGCACAAUCGUCAGGGAUGUUUGUUUUGGUACUAAAUCAUCAGGUAUAUAUUUAAGUCUCAGGGGAAUUUGCCGUUUUAAACGUGAGUAUUAAAUAUGAGUGAUUGUCAUAUGUGAGC